AUGGACCCAAACUGGUGUCAGGGCUUCCCUCGUGAUGAUGUGCUAAUCAAACUCGUCGAGGUUAGCGGCUCUACAGCCGAACCUAUAGUACACGAUGCCUACGGUCUAGACAAGACCUAUGGCGAGAUGUUGGCGGAUAUCCUGGAAACUCGCGACAGAAUUCGCAAAGCCGCUCCGGCAUCGAGUCUCGACAGCCGCGGCAUGCUCUAUGAAGCUGCACCAUAUGUAGGAUUCCUUGGACUCUCCGGAUACGAAUUUAUCGUUGCCUUCUUUGCCACACGAGCCCUAGGCGGCGCAUGCAUGCCAUUUGGUACAGUGUCUUGGGCCGGCAUCUUACCACAGGAAGCGCACUCAUUCCUCUCCAGAUCAAAGGCGUGCGUAUUGCUUCUCGGCAAGGACAGAGUAGCCCAGGGACAGCAAACCAAGGAGUACGGUCAACAACACGACUACGACUUCGGACUCGUUCGCGUAUCAACCGAUGCGCCACCCGUCGCCAGCAACUCCAUCAGCAUCGACCACUCCAUCGAACUAGAUGACGGCGGCCCUGGAUUCGUCAUCUUCACGUCGGGAACCACCGGUCCGCCCAAGGGGGCGGUUCUCCCGCGAAGAUGGCCCCCAAUUGAAGACACAGUCGAGCCGGGAAGCGCGACCAUCAGCGACCGCCCGCCUCACUGGAUCGGAGGAGCCUAUCCAAUGCUGCAAAGCGUCUUGGUCCGUCGUCGCGUGUACAUUCUCAAGUAUGGCGCCACGGCUUCCGAUAUAUGGGAUGCCUUUAGAAGCCACAGCAUUGACCACAUGUCUUUUACUCCUGGCAUUUUCCGGCGCAUGAAGCAGGACUACCAGGGUCGAAUCUGCAAGUUUCCCGAAGAUGAGCAGAGACUGUACGUGGAGGGGAUUCGAAAUUUGAAGACGCCAUGGCAGGGCGGCGGCAUGCCUUCGGUUUCGAUGCUGGACUUCUGGCGAAACCUCAUCGGAAGACCGAUCGGGAUGCAAUACGGAUCUACAGAGCUGGGCGGAACGGUGACAGGACAUGACGGACUCUCCAAGAUCAAGUACUCCAUUGGAACCCCUUUCCCGGGCAUUGAUCUCAAGUUAUCCAAUGGAGACAGCGGCGCCAUCUUUGCCAAGAGCCCUAGAAUAAUGACCCACUACAUCGGGGACGAGGACGCCACCAAAAAGGCCUUUGACAGCGAGGGAUACCUGGAAUCCGGGGACAUUGGCCACAUGCAAGACGGCGAGUUGGUCUACGACGGGCGGGCCUCCAACGAAUACAUAUUCUUUGACGGGUACCGAAUCCCCAUAUUGGCGCUCGAACACGCACUGGAUGACCUCCCGUAUAUAUCAGAAGGCUACAUCGUCGCGGUGCCGGACCACGAGGCCAACGAGAUUUGUGGCGCGCUUGUUCGCGUACAAAACACCGACAAUGACGAAAAGGUCACCUUGGCAAAGAUACGGUCCGAUCUCUCCGAAAAUCACGCCACGUACACGCUGCCAGUGGUGCUUCGCAUUCUGGGCGACGACGAGCAAGUGCCCUUUACCAUAUCCCAGAAGCCCAUGAGGAAGCAGGCCGCAAAGAAAUUCUUCCUAGUAGACGACUACUGGUCCAUUGAGAACCCCACGCCAGGCGUCGAAUAUUGGAAUAACAGGAUUGAGAGCAGACAACACACCGGAAGGACUUGGGAUUGGGCCGGACUGCAACGGUGA